GAUAUUUUUGGCGGGGCAGUUUGUAGGUGGUUAAAGUCGUUUCUAUUUCUUGCGCUGUCGCUUUUUUAGUAUGAGGAUUUAAAAAUGCAUUCCGUAUAUUCACUAGAUUGACAUGGAAUAGUUUUGCUUUAUCGCGAUAUAUCGUUUUGGGCGUGUGCCUUGGAAACUAUCGGCUUCCUUGGCCAACAGACUGCGGAAUACUGGGAUAAUCCCCGCCGAUUAACCUUCUGACUGCACAGCUGUCAACACAGACAUUCAUCGGAAUAUUUGUUUUUACUGAAUUUAAGCUUGAUACCUGUAAUCUGUACUGUAAUACAGUAUUAAGUUCCUGAAGCCAAAAUAUGAGGUCAGAAGGUCGUAUAUUUCUGGAACAGUGGGUGUUCAUUUCAAAAUGCGCACCACCAUACUGCCCUAACUGUAGAACUAUCUACCUGUCUACAGUAAAUCUGUACUGUUGUAAGAUGUCUGGGGCAUCUAGAAGAGUAGGUAUGCAAAGCAAAUUCAUUAUUUUUAAAAUAUAACUUAACUUAUAUAUUUCAUUUGGCACAGUUCUGAUACUGGUAUUCUAACAAUAGCUCCCACAUUCAAAUACAUUAAUUACUACAGUGACUGCAAACCCCUCCUUUACAAGACAGUGUUGGCCUCCAUAUCGGCACAAAUCGAAAAACCGGCGUUGUGCAAUAAACUAAAAAAAAGCGCAAUCCAUAAUUUUGGUCAUGUGAUGGCUGAUGCAAGUUGCGAUUGAAUUGAAUUGAACUAUUUUUUCAGUACUUAAAUUAGAAAAUUAUUCAAGUCAAAAUAGAAAUUAUUUAAUAAUUAUGAAAACUCGAAUAUUUCCAAAAGUUAAUCGAUACUAUGCAAUCUAAGAGGAUAUUGGAUAAAAACUUUUUGUAAUUGGUAUAAAGCAAAAAAGAAACUGAAAAUGACAAAAAAUUUGAUAAUAAAAUAAAGGUACCCUUGCUACAAAGGUUUAAUAAUAAUAUGAGUCGUAUAAAAUUUAUCAAUUGUAUAAAAAACAAGCAGCAAAUAUUGAGCAGAAGGUAAUUAAAUGGAAUCAAGCAACCAUUGCUGUGUUUCAAGAAUGUUUUUCAAUUUGUGCGAAUGUGUAAAAUUUAAUUUAAGCUAAAUCUUAUUAUUUUCGCAAAAUUUCGAAGAUUCCUUCGAACUGGUGAUAAAAUUCAAAAAACAUCAAAAAGUCAUCUGACAAAAUUGUGCUUUUUUGUUAAAUCCUCUGGAAUACUAUAAUAAAUUUUUUUUCCUCUUAUAAAUCUGAUUAUUAUUUUGUAAGGAAUCCGAUGUUGACAUUUUUAAACUGCUCCUUUAUAUGUUUAAUGUGUAGUUACGGUUUGCGGAUAUGGAAGCCCAAACUGUCUCGUAAAAGAAGGGUGGGUUUGCAUUCACUGUUUUAAUUGAUGUCUUUCAAUAUGGGGGCGAUACCCCACAUUUUUGUGUGUUUUUAUAAUUCUAUCAUGUACUGAAUUAAAAUUUUAACCAAUCUAUAUCCUCACCAGACCAGUUUUUGAUAGGAAGCAUGAAAGUGUUUAUAUAUUUGAAUUUUUAUGGUGUAACAAGAGUAUUUUGCAAAGUUGUAUUGUAUGAUUUGACCACAGAUUCAAUUUUUUUUUACACUCAUAACAUAUUAUCAAUAAUGCCAAGCAGGAGCAAAAAAAAAAUUACUUAAACUACAUUUAAAUUUACGAAGUCCUUUGCUUGGUAAGCUCCAGUGGGUAUAUCCCCGAAUAUGGUGGGGAAGUUUGGCUCUGUUUCUUAUGUUACUUGUAAACAGUAUCAGGUAGAAGUACCCCAAUUCUCAAGCCUAGCCGAGUCAUGGGUCAUUCAAGUGUAGAAUCGAGUCAAUUACCGAGUUAAGUCUUUUCAUUUAUUUAACUCGAGACUCUCCUAUAAUGUAAUCAAGGGCAUAUACAGAUUGUGUAUUUACAGUAUUUUGAUGUAAUUUUGAAAAGAAAAAUUUUCUAAAUAUUAGUUUAAUGUGAGGAUGGUGAGUGUGAAUGCCAACUGUCAAAUUAAUUACAAGCGAUUCAUUGCCUAUGUUAUGUUGUUUCAAUUAAAAAUAAUAUCGAGGGACCGUGGUCACACAACCAUUCCAUUAAAGUAGUUGAUAUAGUUUGACUAAAUUUCUUUCACAAAAAAUUGCUGAUAAUUUAUGGAAAGUUACUGUUGAAGAAACUUUGUUUUUAAAAUUUAUUUUAUGACACAUGUUUCAUGAUUUUUUCAUUAACGGUUCGAAAUAUUCAUGAGCUAUUUCUCUACCGAAGAAACGUUUAAACAAAAUUCCAUAAUUAAUGAUUGUUAUCAAAUAUUCAUUUCAGGUAGUUUGGUUAAAAGAUAAUAUCAUAUUGGUCUGGUUUCGUUUUCUCUACAGAAUUUUGUCGUCAUCGUCGUGUAUGUUUAGUGAAUAUAGUUCGCUUUCCAGGCCAUGGUUAAGAUUUUUGUUGGCCGAUUGGCCGAGAAUGUGACAACAGAAGAUUUGCAAAAAAUUUUUGAAAAAUUCGGAGAAGUUUCAGACUGUGAUAUUCUUAGAGAUUACGGUUUUGUUCAUAUGGCAGAUGAGAAUCGUGCAAGAGAAGCCAUACGUGAACUCGAUAAAAUGGAAUUAAGGGGAAAUCGUAUCAGCGUCGAACUUUCAACAUCAAGAUCUAUGAAAUCUUGUCAACUUACUGUCGGUAAUCUUCCUGAUGGUACUUCUUCCGCAGACGUCCAUAAACUUUUUAAAAAAUAUGGCACUGUGACUUUAUGUCGAAUAGUUGGCAAUCAAGCAUCAGUCCACAUGAGAUGGGCGUCCAUGGCAGUUCAGGCAAUUCGUAAUCUCAAUGGCGAAACCUACAAAGGAAACGUUUUAUCAGUACAAUUUUCAAAUAAUACAAAUUCUCUACCAGAUGAGUGGCCUUCUUCAUCAGCAGUUAGUCCACCUUCAUUACCUGUGCCAGUACCUCCGGUGCAAUCCGGCAAUGCUUCAGGACCCCCAAGGUAUCCAAACAGCGCUCCCCUUCCCACCCCGCCUUCUGGAAACUCUAAUUUUACGCCGGCAUGGACAAAUUUUGUAACGAGCCCUCCGCAAACGAAUCAUGUUUUAUCAAAUGGAAUGACAAAUGCUAAUUUUUCUAUGAAUCCUGGUACAAAUCAGAACAAUAAUUUGUCAAAUUCACUGCAGUCGAACAGCGUUAAUUUACCACCGUUAAUGCCUUUGAACCCACCAGGGAAUCAAAAAGAUGGGAACGGUAUUGGAGAUGCUAAAAUUCCGCAUAACAAUAACAAUAUGGAUAAAAUGAACAAUCAAAAUCACGAAUCUCCAAGUCAUACUGGCAUUUUGAGUUCAAGUUACGAAGAUGCAAAUAAAAAAGUUGAAGUUUCUAAAUCAAGAGCUGAAAGGAGGCAAUUUAUUCAACAAGGAUUACAAUUUUUACAAUCACCAAGGCCUUGGUCAGGUACACCAGAAGAAUAUGCGAAUUUUUUAAACCAAAUCAAACAAAUGUUAUUACAAGAAGGAAUCGAAUUAAAAAGAGAAUCAGCAUUUAGCGACGCAGUACAAAAAUUAAGUGAAGCUUUGAACAUGUGCAAGUAUAUGGAAAGCGAGGGUAUCAAUGGACAUAAUUCGAGUCUUGUCAUUUUACUCGUUGAGAGAUCAUCAGCAUUAUUGGAAUUGGGUCAAACACCAUCUGCUAUGGAAGAUGCUAACAGAGCUCUUCAGAUAAGUAAUGGUGGAAGUCAGGAAGCAAUGAGAUGCAAAGCAAAAGCAAUGAUUAAAUUUGGAAAUGCCAAAGAAUCUUAUGAUAUGAUGAUGCAGUAUGCGAGGAAUAACAAUUUGGAUAAAGAGUCGACAGAGUUGAUGAAUAAUCUCAGUCAGAUGUUAGGCUUGAGAACAAGAAAACCAUAUCAGCCUUUCGCUCCCUUUAAUAAUAUGCCUCACAAUAAUGACAUUUUAUCCGGAGGCAAAUUGGAACCACCUGGGUUUUCCAAACAAGACCCAAAUCAGACUAUGCCACAACCGUCGCUUAAUAAACCACCGAUGGAUAAUUUUGGAAAUACAACAAUUACGAACGAUAUUCAGGGAUUUCGAUCUUUUCCCAAUACAACUGAUGCGUUUUCUAAUAGCUUUGCUGACCAAUCGUUCAAGUCUUCGCAUAAUGACCCACCGGGGCCGAUGCAAAAUAUGCCCGGUUUUAUGAAUAGGCCCCCAAUCCCACCCGGACAGAUGGCAAACAUGUCUGCUUUUAACAAGACCCCGGGUACUGCUCUUCACGGCUUUCCUCCUGGUAUGGGGGCACCCUUUCAACCUUCUACUACAAACCCGCCUAUGAAUGGGGGAUUGCCCCAAAAACCCAUUGGACCCAGUAGACCUGUGGGAUCAAGAAUACUCAGCAACCCCUAUGGAGGAUUUCAAUCAGUGCCUCAAGCAAAUGACCCACCUUCAAUAGCAGAUUCUCUGCGAAAAAACCUCGAGAUUAUGACUGGCGGGGACAAUCAAACUGGAUCAAUGUUCGGACAAGGUGGCGGAAUGAGAAACAACAUGGACAGCUCACUCGAUUUGGUAUCAGGCAUACAAAAAUUGGCCGUAAGUCAACAAUUGAAUGAAAACGGAUUGAAUAAUGACGUCGGCAAAACAGCAAUCGGUUCUGAUAACCAAGCUUCCAAAUUAUGGGAUUAUAUGGGCAAUAAAAUGGGCAGCAGUAAUAACGCUCUUGGUAACGGGAUUGGCUAUAACAGUGGCCUUCCUGCUCCAAUCGGAUAUCGGAAACCGUUUGGUGUCGGCGGUGAUACUUCAGGUCUCAUAUCACCACCAUCCAAUGUACCAGGGUCUUCCCCAUUUCUCAAUCAUGCCGGGGAUUCACCUUUCAACAUGAAUCGCGAUAAUUCAAUGAAGGGAUCGUUAAUUGGUGAUAUAAAGGCUCCUGGAAGAAACCAGGAUCCACCGUUUGGAAUGAACAUUCAGAAUUCCAGCACAGUCAUGAGUUCAUCCAAUCAAUUUGGAGCGAUCCGGUUGUCGAGUGAUCCAACUGGAUAUUCACACACUGGUCCAAGUUACUCUCAUUUCCCGCAAUCUUCGGGGCAUCCUACCGGUUUGAGCCAACUUUUUGGACCUGGGGCAAUCGGCAUUGGAAUACAAAAUGCACCACCUCCACAAAUGGCUCAGAAGAUUCAACUUGCUGCUCAACCAACUGCGGCUAGCAUAGUUCUCAGCCAAAAAGCAUACAGUGAACAGUCAGAAGAUUCUUUAGAUAUGAUGAAUCCAGACGAAGAUGAAUCUUUGGAUAGUUAUUUGAGAAAUCCGUUGCAUAAUACACAUGAAUUUUGUCUCGGAUGUUCAGAUUGCGUCAUUAAAACUGGAUCUAGAGUUGUCGAUUACAGGUAUGAUGAAAAUUUGAACCAUAUGUGUUAUAAGAACAUAUUAUUGUGCAGAAGAAGAGACAGUGUGGAUUGGCAUAAAAUAAGGCCAAGACCUCAACCGCAAUCAAAAGCUCAGCUGUAUGAUGGACCGUAUUAUAUAUGCAAGGAUCUUCUUGCAGGAUCUGACUGUACGUAUCCCGUUGUUUGUACGUUUGCAUAUAAUCAAGAAGAAAUUGAUGUUUGGACUCUAGAAAGAAAACAAAUGUUAAAUAGGCGUUGGCUUUUUGAUUCUCUUGAUGAAGAUUACAUGCGGGAAUUAUCUGUCGUUGGACGAGUACUUUGCAAACAUCGUGGUCUCUUCAAUUUUCUUUGUCAAGCUUGCUUCACUAACAAGCCUCGCAUAAUCAGCACUUUUAAUCUAAGCACUGGAACCUGUAUAAACGCAGACGCGGAACAUCAGGAAUCUCCUGAUAACAGACAACUUACUCAUAUUUUGCGAGAUACAACUGUGCGUUAUACUUCAAUACGAGUUCCGGCUCAACAAGCAAUUCUUUGUCGUCAUGAAGUUCGUUUUCAAUGCACCAGAGAGGAAGAUUGUCAUUUUGCUCACAGUCUUGUUGAACGUGAUGUUUGGGCUUUGAUGAUUAAGAAAGGACUCACGCCAGAUCAGAUUGUGGAACAGUCUCGUGAAUAUAUUACAAAGCUAAGCAAUAACACUAACACCCUUGAACAAGGGAUAACACAAACUACGGAUCUAGGAGUACCUAUGUUCAGGUGGAAGGUGAAAUUCAUAUGUUCGCUUUGUUACAAAAACGGACAAAUCAGCGAAGCAACAAAAGAUCGUAAAUACUGUACAGCACGUGCUCAACACUCGUGGGCGACAAACAAAAAAACAGUCUUAGUUCAAACUAUUCGUAAGGAUUGGACACAAAUACGAGAUUUGCCAUAUUUGAAAAAUAAGGGUUUGCCAGCGAGAUUUGAACUUUGUGAAAAUAUCAGACGACAGAAAAAAUGUCCGUUCUCAAAUAAAUGUAAUUUUGCGCAUUCUCAGGAAGAAUUAGAUAUUUGGAUUUACCUAAGAGAUAAUCAAUUGAAAGAUCUUGAAGAACUUCAUGAUUCACUUAAUCGAGAUAAACAGCCGAAAGCGACGAGACCUGCUGUACUUCCAUUGCAGAAUACAAUUGACCCCAACGCAAUAAGGUUACCCACUGAUUUUUUGCCCCAGAGCGCAUAUCAUUGUUGGCUAUGUAACAAGGAAUGUAACGGCCAACGUCAAUGGGAUCAACAUUGUCUAUCUGUGAAACAUCGUCUCGGUGCUUUAUCCGAUAGCGAUGGAAAUUGGAAAUAUAGAAAUCCUGGAGGAAAUUAUGAAAUUUGUGAAAGGCACUUGAAAAAUAUAUGCGAGUAUGAUUGUGUCGCUCCAGUUGAUAAUAAAUGUCGUAAUGCUCAUAGCAUUGAAGAAUUGGAAGAGUGGAAACAACGUCGCGAAUACGUUCUCAACAGGAUCAAGAAAGCGCAGAAUGAUCAGUUGAUUAGUGCGGCAGAUAACAUGGACAAAUUGAUAAAGGAGUCCCAACAGCAUCAGCAAUAGUACAUACCGUCACUUACCCGAUCGAACUGAAUAUGUCCUCAAAGCGCGAUUCGCACGCAGAUCACGCUUUUUGGGCUUGUCAUUUUUUACAAAAAUUUCUGACUGCGAUCUUUUUUUAAUGCUUAUUUUGAUUUUUCGCUGUUACGAUAUAUGAUUGACAUUGUUUGAAGUGUUCGUGAAUUACGAUGUAGGUGGCUUAUUGUUAAGCAUUUGCUGGUGCUCGUUUUCGUAGUUAUCAGAGUCGGAACUGAACAAAGUACGAGGUGAUGUUGUAUUGAACUUGUUAAAUGCAGAAAGCUUUUGCGUGGAUCUUUGCAUCCUUAAUUUUUUGCGUGUCUACUUUAUUUUUUUAUCACUCGAUAAUGAUAUUUUUGUGAACUUUCUCAUAAGAGACAAUAUUUGUGGUUGCCGUUUGCUCGUCAUUACUUACUAUACAUUUUUUUGAAUGUGGACAGAAAAUGGUUUUCAAAUGUGCGUUUCUCGAAGUUUCUUUUUCGUAUUUUUUGUGAUAGUCGCUCGCCUCUUGUUGAAAAAUUAUUGGUCGGUUGUUUCGAAUCAGCACUAUUUUACAAAAAGAAAAAACUAAUGCACUGAAACUUAUUUGAUGGUUGUAGUCGUCUUUAUGUCAAUUUUCUUAUUGAUUUUUUUCUCUCGUUGAUUGAUUAUCGCCCGACGCAGUUUUGCGUCCGCCUUUUAUGUGAUGUUUUCUACUUCCAUUUAUGUGAGACGAAGCAUAAUUUCUAACUAAUUGUCAUGUAAUUUCGUUAAUCUCGAUGCCAAGUUUUGUAUCAGUAACACCAGUUUAUUUUUACGUUGCCAUAGGUCAUUUGUUAUCCCUAUGAUAACCCUCCCUUCUAAAGUGCCGUAUUCACGUUGCGACCCCAGGAAAGGAAAUUCAUUCCUGUUUUCUCAAGGGCGUUUUUCAUGUUGUCUUUGGCUAUCGAUGAUCAUUAGGAUCCUUGUAAUCUUUAUUAAUAAAUACACAGUGUAAAAAUGA